CGGAGGGAGGCAAAAGUAACAGCUCAUUUAUUAUGGCGGAAGGUGUUUGAAUAGGGUUAUUAUGCACGCUAUUGAGUACGUGGUUACCAUGCACUCACAUUACACUGGGUACAGUAGCGACAUGGUGUCGUAGAUGUUAAUUCUGUUUGAAAUGCAGAUCAUGCCAUAGAUUAAAAAUAUGAGCGAGCCAGAGGCAAAAGAAGAACCCGAGGGGGCCGAGAAAGCUCCGGAGGAAGGUUCAGGAGAUGAAGUUAAAGCGGGCGAAACAGAAGGAGCGACAGUCGCGGACCAAACAGACCUGACAGCCGUCCCAGGUGAAGAAGUAGAGAAGUCCCAAGAAGUUGACGUGGGUGGUGCGGACCAGCAACCAAAUGAUGUGACAGAGGGUGGGCAGGGCGGUGAAGGGGGUGAACAGGAGGGCCAGGACGUGGAACAGACAGCUGACAAUGCCGAAGUUGAUAAAGACGGAGAGGAUCAAAAGUCGAAUGAAAAAGGUGACACAUCCCAAAAUGGCGACCAGCAACAAGCAAAUGAGGCGUUAAUCGAGAACGAAGAAAACAAUAACAAAAAUGUGGAAGAUAUCGAGAAUCAGAAAAACUUAGAAAAAUCAGGUAUGGAGGAGAGUGCCGUGAUAAACGUUGAAAUAACGGAGAAACCUAAAUCUGCGAGCGGGUCCCGAGGGAUGGAGGGACAGCACCCCCAGCAACCGCAGGUGGAAAACAUGAAUGGAGUAAAUAAAGAGAACAGUUUUAUGAGAGAAAUUAAGAAAGAAGCGAAAGUCGUUUCAGAAAAAAUCAAUCCCACCGCAGCAGCCCAAAAAGCUCAAGGUAGGAGCAAGAAAAAGAUCAAAAAGGGGAUUUUUAUUUCGUACUCUCCAGACGCUGGGUUUAUUGAGAGGAAAUUCGUAGUAGAACUUGUCAACCAACUUAAAGAGAAUAAUCUCGCGGAAGAUAUUUGGUUUGACAAGGACGAAGGCAUCACGGACAGUCCUGUUUGGUUUUCUCAGCGUAUGGAAGCCGUGGAGAGGUGCAGGGCGGCAAUUUUAGUUCUCUCUGACAGUUUCUUCUUGUGUCCUGUGUCCUGCUACGAGGGGAAGGCUCUUCUCGAACGCCAAAUGAUGGACAAUAACUCAUGUAGGAUCUACCUUGUAUUAUACAGUAAUCUGGAAGAGACAGAAAUACCCAGACAGUACAGCCACCUCUUAGGGAACAUUGUGGACUUGACGGGUCCGCACUCUAAAAAGAGUCUGGCGGAAAAGACGUCUGUGGUCGUAGGCUCCCUUAUGGAGGAUUUAGAGAGGUACGCCUCCAUUAACGCACCCCCUGUCGCAGUGGUCGCACCCGACGCUGAAUUCACCGGGGAGUACAAAAAGAAAAAGAUCUGCCAGUGGAGCGCCAGUGAUCUCCAGGAAUGGCUCUUCACGCUGGGAAUUAAGGAGUUUUACCGCCAAAGUUUUGCCGAGAAUUUAGUGGACGGUUUUCUGUUAAUGUCAAUGACGGAUCAGGACAUGAUACAACAACUGGGAACAGACAGUCGCGUGGUCAGGAAGAAGAUCAUGCAGCAGAUUCUGGUGACGCUUGACAAGGAGCACAAGUUGAGCGACAACUGGCAUCUACGAGCACGGACGCAGCGUUCUCGGCCGAACACCGUAUAUCUGGUAUACGACCCGGCGGAUGUUCGCCUGGCGCAGAAUCUCAAGCAAGAUCUGCUGAAGAAGAACAUGCAGGUAAUACACCACCAGAAGCUGGGUCAGUCCAAGGAAGAAUUCCUCCAACUAAAUGGACCCCACCUUGCCCAGGCCACGUACGCCCUCAUCAUCAUGACGGACGCGGCCACCAACUCCCCCUUUGUCUUCCACGAGGUUCUGUUCGCUGACUGGCUCGGGAAGAAACUGGUAGUGUCUAUGUUUAGGAAUACGUGGUUCUCUCUCAGGCCGGCCCUCCGAGCAGUGCUAGGAGAGGUCCCUGCCGUGGACUUCGAGACCAAGAUGUACCCUGAGAGUAUGGACGUCCUGGAGCACCACAUGAAGCCGAUACGGAGCGUCCCCGGGGUCGUCCUGGAGCAGUCCUAUCUUAACAAGAUGGCUGACGGAUUGAAACCUUUCGGCAUCCUGGCCACCAUGAAUGGAACAGUUGAACCGAUGGUCCGUAACGACGAAGAACCCAAAGUCUUCAUCAGCUUCCAGUGGGACAUGCAAUCGAGGGUGGAGGAUAUUCGGCGAAUCCUGGAGGCCAACGACUUCCCUUGCUGGGUAGAUAUCAGCCCGACGCUCACCCAGCGAGGCAACAGCGGGGUCAGCAAUCGCGGCGUCCACGGGACAGACUCUGGAGAGACGCUGCAAAGUCAGAUUCAGCGGAAUAUGAAGGCGGCCUCCGUCGUGCUGUGUUGUAUUACGCCAAAAUAUAUGCAGAGUGACAACUGCGUUAAAGAUCUGACGCUAGCCGAGACUCUCCACAAAACCGUUAUUCCUGUCAUGUUGCGGUUUUGCCCGUGGCCGCCAGAGGGCGCACCGCCUCAGGUGCGCAAAAUCUUGGUACGUUUAAGUCCCAUAGACCUUAGCAACGAGAGGCUGUUUAAACAAAAUGUCCGUAUUGUGGUGGAUCGUGUGAGUAAAUCCAUUAAGUGAUCAAAAGCGUUCAUUCCUUGAAAUUAAACGAGACUGUGAGUCACUUACAUUUUCAUUAAAUGUGACAUCGCUUUAGAAAAUUCGGAUACUGUGCCAGGAUGUUUCGUUUCCUCGUCAAGUUGAUUUUGGUUUGUCCCCAACUGUAGACAGAACAAAAUUGAUUUCUCAUAUGUGAUACAGGUUUGCGUUAGCACAAUCUACGGACUACGUCCUGUUUGGGACUGAUAACAAUAUUGUAACAGUUAAUUAACACUCCAUUAUUUUAUUUCAAGCUGCGUUUUGUGAAACGCUGCCAUUCCCUACUUAAUAGAUAAACAAGUGACAUGAACUCCAAGUUCUAAAGAACUACUUAACGGUUCAUAUCAAAUCACAGACUAAUGAGGUAUUAUGCAAAGUGAAUUAUUUGUCAGCUCAAGACUUACUUGUCAUUUUAGAGCGCUUUGUUAAUUUUCUUAUAAACGAGUUAUGUGUACACAUUUCCGUCCAUUCCAUGAACAAAAUAAGGUUGUAAUUUUACUAGUUUGCUCAACUUUCACCGACCAUCCCAUGCUCUGCUGCAUAGGUAUAUCAAGUGAUUGAUUUAGAUUUCCUACCAUAUUUUUGUACUUUUCAAACUUUUUUAUCAGUAUUCUUAUUACAAUACUAUGUUUUAAGUACGCCACCUGUGAUAAACAAUGAAGAAAGCAACUCUUACUUCUUAGCAUAAUAUGGUAGUAUAGCUAUAGAAAUAUUGAUGGGGGCCACUCAAGCGUCCCUCUGCAUUUAGAGCCACAAAGGGGGCUUGCUCAAAUAGCGUUUUAAAAGACUAGCAUCAAACAGCGUCAGUAUUAUUUUGGAACAAUUUGCUCAAAGCGACGAUAGUUGGCUCUGUGUUAUAUACACUUCCAGUGGUAUCAUCAGAUGCUUUCAAUAAUAAGACAAAUUUAACCAAGAGACAAAAGAUCAAAGACGUUUUUAAUAUUUUUCACGUUCUGUGUCAUAAAUUUAUGAUGCUGGUAGACGGAAUUAGUUGCUACCUAACUGUGAGGUGACUCUAACUGCUGUACAGAAGCAUAAAUGUCAUGGCGGCUACUCAGAAAAAGAAACUUCACGGGCCCUCAACUACAUCGUUUAGUUUGUGAGAAAAAGAUACCAAUAACAGCAAUAUUUGACAUGGGAUAACGUAGUAUCUAUAGCAGAUAUUGAUUUGAUGGACCCGGCACAGAUUAGCCGCUUACAUCAAUAUGUAACAAAGUGCAUAUUAUGGAAGUUAUACAUGAAUUGCUGAAUUAUUUCAUUAUUUAACAUAAAAGCGAAAAACCUGUAUUUCUUUGCGGAACUAUUGAGCUAUCUGUUCUUGUUGUUAUUCAUAUUUUUGUCAACUAUAACACGUCACUGAUUUUUAUGUACUUGUAUAGUUAUGGUCCAAUUUCAAUCUAACCCAACAAAUAACGCUCAUAGGGUUUUGAUAAUGGGACCGCAGCUGUAAAGGGUCAUUUUUCCUAAUAUCAUCACCAGACAAUAUUCAAGUAUAUCUGUGUUUGUAAAACAAUAGUCCAAGUGAUUUAUAAUGCAAAUUUACUCAAGGGCUAAGAGCUCGUGAUCUGGUUAGUAAUAUGGCAUUUUUACAUAAAAUUAAGUGCUACACACAUCUCUCUGUGAUGGCCGGCGCCCACAAGUGAAGAAUUUACCCUGGAGGCCUCAGCCUUACAGCGCCAAGCACUUUUACUGUUUGAGGCAUCGAACGAAUGUUUGGCCCGUUUAAUGAUACAAAUCGGCGCAGGCUUGCCAGAAGCAAGACUUUGGUGUGCGUCAGUCUAAAAUUUAUGAUUUGUCAAUGUAGUUGAUCUCGUGUAUUCUUUUUCCCGUUAUUCGGUGUGCCAUGUUUAAAUGUUCAAUGGUUUGUCCAGUCUGUUAUCAUUCCUUGCACGUCGCUAUGUCCUUUGUUUUAAUCAUGCAUGAACUCUGCAUAAAUUUAUAAUAAGAUGCAUAGUGUGGAAUAAAUA